AUGCCUAAUAUUUAUAAUGAAAAUAUUAGUGUAAGCAAAUACUUUUGGCUAUUGGCCGGUCGCCAAUUGGGUGUACACGUGUUCAUCAGAGACAAUGGCAAUAUAAACGCCAUCCUAGUGUUUGUUAGAAAACAGGGAAACAAAUGUCUGAUCGAUAUGUUUCCGCCAACCAAAAUACAAGCUCAGUAUCCGACCAUCAGAAACGAACGAGACCUGAAUAAGCCUAAACUCUAUAUAAUGAAUCGUCAAGUGUUUACUAUGGGUCUACUCUUUAAGCGAUUUAACAGUAAUCACCAAAACGUGUGUUGGCUUGAAAAUAAUAGCUGGGAUUCAAUGGGAGUGGAAAUACUGAAACCAGUAAAAGGCUGGCCAGUCGAAGAUGAAUACCGAAAGUUUAGGAACAAUCCUACAGAUGAUCGGUGUUACACUCGAUCAUUGGACUCGACCCGCAAUUUAUCAGUGGCCGGCGUUUACGAUCUAACGGAGGAACUGUAUCGAAAUAAUUGUUACGACGACAGAAAGAAUGAAAGACCGAAACCGGCCGCACCUUAUUGUUUCGCACUGUACAUGUGUGCCGGUGCCAAACUGGUAGUCAGGGAUAGCUAUCAUAAAAAUCCAGCAAUUGAAAAGCAUAACCAAACACUUGUCGAACAGGGAGGUGUGAUUGUCGUGGAAGACCAACUGGAAGUGUCGCUAAUGGUUUAUGAUUUGGAAAAAUCAAUUACUAUUAAAUGGGAAGACUUUUGCAAUAAUUACAUGAAGACUAAUAAAUGGAUAAAAGAAAAAGUCAAGAAAUACAAGAAUCCGGUGUUGUUUUUGGGCGCAAAUGAAUCGGAUUAUAAUACCAUUGCCUGGCGUUUAAUGAUUGAUAAGAGAGGUUUUGAAGAGCGUAGUGGAAGUAAUUAAGAGAUAUUGAGAUGUAAGCGUCGAUCCAUUCUGCAGAUACCCGAAGGCGCUUACAUUGUGGCCAUCGAGGAAUGGGAACCGGGAGUCGUAGAGAUUUGGCAAAGACAUCGAUACGAACAGUUGCAUCGGGCGAUUGUACGGCACAGUCAGAUUCUCAAAAAUCAAGAUAAGGACAAUGAAAACAACAUUUUUAUCGACAGAGAUAUUCAGAUAGAUAUCCAUCAAUCACCCGAAAUCACUCAGGCCUACAAUGAUUAUUAUAUGGAACGGCAAGAGGAUAGGAACCUAAUCAAUAUGGUCUAUCCCAAAGAGUUCAACUUUUACCGAUUCAAUAGAAUUCACAAACAGAGUUUCCAUAGCUGUCCGCCGCCUACGCCUCCCGCCUAUCCACCGGUAAAGAUCUCCAAUCCCGCCAAUCCUAACCAAUUCCAGCUCUUC